AUGACGGGCUUCUGCUGUUGUGGGGUACCUCGCCCUCCCAGAACAGUGACGCCGUCGACACCGAGCCCCAGGAAUCAAACCCCGAAACCCUCGGGUGCACUUCCGCCACUUCCUCCUCCUGCUCGCUUACCUGUUGCAGGACCACUUACAUCCAACCCAGUCAUCGCCAUUCCGCUGGCCGUUGACGCUUAUCCAGACUCUUCCAGCAAGUCUGGUACAUCGCUGCAGCUGGCAACAUCUUCUGUGAUCGUUCCGAUUGGGCCAGCCGACUUGAGCGAUCUCGUGGUUGAAGACUCGGAGGACGACUUACCAGGCAGAUCGACCGAGCCAAGCAAGAGUACCAGCACUCUCCAGCUUGUCAGAGAGAAUAUUCGUCGUCACUUGUCCCAAGACUCCUUGCCAAAGAAAAAGUCUCGCUCAGCUGUUGGCUCCAGCCAAGAGGAAAUCCAAAGACGGGCCGAGCUCAAGAGACUGAUGCACAAAAGGAUACAAGAGGAACUCCGCAUUGAGCAAUCCCACGAGCGGUCUCGGAGUGAGGUUUCCUCUGUGCUGCCACCACCCAGAUCCUCUUCGCCUGACUACCUUCCGGGUGGAGGGCCCCGUGAUGCAUUAGAGUUCUCGGUAGCCCAAGAAGAGGAAGGAGAGGCACAUUCCGAUACGACUUCCUCGUCCAUUGCAAAGUCCAGUGCCGAUGUCUCUGCACCAGGAAAGGCGGCUCCCCUUUCAGACAAGGAAAACAGCUGCCCCCGAGUAAACAGUCUCAAAUAUCCAACAAUUGCGGUUAUCCAGAAGCCAGUUCGAGAACGCAGUUCACUCCCAGAGAUGCCAGCCUCUCCGGUCUUGGCUCCGCAGCGCUAUUCCAAUACUAUUGACACUUCCUCCUUGGGCUCUUGGAGGCUUUCUUACAGCGCUACUCAACUCGAAGACUUUCUGGGCUUCAUCGAUCAAGAUGGUUCCUCCCAAGAUGCCGAGUCUUCCCUCAAAGCAGCAGCUUCGAGGGCGGUUACCUCACGUUCAGUACCGCUACUACGCCGGUCCAAGUCAGAGACUCGUCCACGCUCUUCCUCGGCCCGCACUCCUGGGAAUGCAACUCCAUGCGUGUUGGAUCAGUCACCAAUGGGUAUUUGGCUCAGAAGCCAGGGUCUUGGAUCAUGUUCGCCGUCACUUUCCUUGGGUAGGUCUUCGGAUAGAGACGGUGAUCCCGAAAUAAGCGUGGAACAGGCUAAAGUGGUCAUGCUCAAGAGAUGCAGCUCGAUUCCCAACCACCCUGGCGGUGACAUUAGUCUUCAACGUCCUGAGAUUGUCCAUCUUCAUGACAUGGAUAUCCAUCGGCAGCUUGCUACACAGACUCUGAACACUCCUGAGGAAUCUCCUGCAAAUACCGAGUCGGAACAGAACACAGUCCGUAGACAGCCUAACGGUCAGGCUGGCCUCAUCAGCAACCCAUCAUCGGCAUAUCCCUCAGCUGGACAUAGCGCCGAUCCUAGCGCAGGAACUUCUUCAUCGCAUCUACCGUCAGGUGUCAUGGGUCCCCAUAACUUGCUUUCAGCGACACCACUGCGAUGGCUUCUUCCGUCCAACCCUUUUGGUGAAAGCCAUUCGAACAUGGCCACGGGAGGGAGCUCGCUCGAUAGUCCUACUGAUGGAGGCACCGCCACUCAGACCGAGCUAAUCUCAUCGGGCGUGGCAUCAGAUACCAUCAACAAACGAGCGCGCCCUGGUGGCCAAGAUCAAAGCAGCAGUCCCGUGUCCAUUUCCACUGAACUUUCUGCCAAGACACUUGAAAGCAAUCCAGAGCCGAGCGAUAAUGUUUUGAACGUCGCAGGUGUGCGCAGAUCGUCACUCGAGAGCCCAGGACCCGAGAUACAGAGGCCUCGAAAGUUUCCAGAGGCAUGGGCAAGGUUUCCUUCGUACAACCGUGCAGAACGAAAUGAGGACCACGAAAAUACGGACCAAGCUCGGACCGAGCGAAUAGCUUCCCAUAAACCGCCGAACCAAGAGAUUACACAGACCGCGAUCUCUGGGGCUAUUUCCAACCGCCAACAUAACGGGGUCAUGGGUCACAGACAGAAGAACUCAAUGUCAAGCAAAUUCGGAAAGGCUCUCAAAUCCGGCCUCGACAAGCUUGUUCAUUCCCGAAGAUCAUCAGACGUUUCGUGCGGGGAUUCGCAUCUUGACCAAGCAAGAGCCACACUGGAAUACCCAGAGCUUGCACUCCAUCCCACCGAGGCUGGUUAUCGAGAACUCGAAGCAUUAGGCCGAGAAAUCAGGCGCCUGAAGCGGUUGGUGUCGAAUGAGGUGGAAGACGGACCCAGACCUUGGGUAACUCUCCCUGUUGGUUCCGAUGUUGAACUUGAUGGGUCCAAUGCCGGCAGUCAUCGGAAUUUGACUAUGCCAGGCACUUUCCCCAGAAGUCGUGGAGGGGAUUCAUCAGCUACCACUGACAAGUUUGCGACGCCACUCAGCUCUCCCUCUCUCAACGAUGCUUCUUUUCACUCCUUUCCGCGGUCAUACUCGCCAGAGUCCAGUCGUCAGUCGUCUAUCCCCAUUUCGAACAAAGCGGUUGUGCCAGAAAUCAAAAUUACCGACCUGAGUUCGGUCAAGAGUGAUACAACAUUGGUGCUGAGAACACAUCAGGUCAGAUUUUCGGAUGAAAAUGGCCAGUGUCAGAGUGAUUCGGCCACUUCUGGCUCCUCAAAGUACAAUACCUGGAGUGGUCCGAACGAUUCGCAGACUAUCGAUGAUGCAAACGAGUCAGACGAUAGUGAUCAAGUGUUUCCCACAAACAACAAGCGUGGAUCUCAUCUGGAGAACUCGCUUUCAAUCCAGGAGAUAGCCGCCGGCAACGUGUAGAAAAGGGGGAAGAAGUGAACCAUCACUGGUUUUCAAUGAGCAAUCAUAUUUUUAUUUUUGUUGUUUCGUGCCUUCUUAGCUUCAUCCCUUGAUGGAUUUUCAAGUGUUAGGUAUUGUGCGGAGUAGAGAAUCAACGUGCAUUUCCAGUGUUUGGUGGUUCUGCAAAAGUUGAAAGGCCUGAUAACCACGCCAAAAGAGUGUGAUUAUAACCAGGCGGAACUGGGCAUCAUUGUCUUUGCGUUACUGGCCAUCACGUGUGGUGUGGGAAACAAGUAAUGACAAGCUUUCUCUGAUGUAACGACUUACAGCAGCUGUGUUAGUAAAACCAGAGGUAGUAUUUAAGCGAUUAUCAUCAGCCGAAAGGCCAUCCUCUA